CCAUCGUUUAUAUUAUCAGGUUAAAGUGUUAAACGGAGCUCAAACCAUCUGUGAAAUCCUCUGGUGGCAGACCUGUGGUUCGACAACCACAGGCGCCUUUUCAAACUUCCUGGAUCCGUCUGACAUCUCUUCUGACCCUAUCAUGUGACCCCAUGCUGGGUCCAGACCCUGGGCUCAUCUUUAAAGGGAAGCUUACAGGAAGGGGGCCCCCAGGAGCCCCAGCAGUUAGCAGCCAGAAUAAUUCAGAAGUCCUGGAGAGGAUAUGUGUACAGAGAAGUCUUCAGGUACUUCAAAGAGCUGAUCGGCCACUGCAACCAGCGGGAUCCGCAGUCGAUCCUCAAAGCUGUCAACCCUCGAGAGAGCUGCUGGAUGCUGCUGCUGGGGUGUUCAUCAGAUUUCGACUUGGAGGGAUCACCUUUCCUCCCAACAUCUACUACAAGAUCUUCACCCACCGGCCCAUCGCAGAUGUGUGUGCCAGCAGCCCAAAGGACUACACCCAGCCAGGCCUUAAGAAGCCUGUGCCCCGGCAGACCAACAAUGGCUGGCCUCCAAUGCAGGAGGACCGGUCUGGAUGGUACCAGCGUAUGGAGAACAACAGCUGGAGGCUGUUCUGUAGCAAGAUGGUUCCCAUUGGUCAGCCCAUGGUGAUCGGAGCAAACAAAAAAAUAGACUUUCACUACUCCAGGUUGCAGCGGCAACAGGAUGUGGACAGGUGGAGGAAAAGGAGGAAAAUUGAAUGGCUGAGGCAGAUGUAUAACCGGGGUCGUCUGCAGACUCAUCCUGUGCAUCAACGCAUGGCGACCCUGGCGGGGAGCUCAGCCCACGAAGUGAUGGACACCACGGAAGAGCGAGGGGACGAUGAGGUGGAGGAGCGGGAGCUGGAUGAGCUCCUGGCCUGGACCACCACUCUCAGCUUUGAGGAGUAUAUGCAGGAGUGGAGACGUUUGGCCUGCAGUCACUCCUCUGAGCCGAGCAAAGAUCUUCAUUCAUAGCCACCCUGGUUGGAGCCACAUGUGUCUGCUGGUGUCGCUGGUGGAGACAGUGAGAAGAGAAGAGAAUGAAAUAAUUGAUGUAAAAACCAAACCAGUGGUAAUGUGUUAAGUGCCGUAUUUGGGACACAAAGCAGUGAAAUCAUACUUUGCUUUUUUAGGGAUUUCAAGUCUUUAUGCUUCAUUUUCAUACAGUGAAGUAUGAUCACUGUGAUGGUGUUAUGUUAAGCAUUUUUUUAUUAUGAGUCAUGGUCAGUGUUUUGAGAGAGAGAAACUUCAGUUUAUCAGUUCAGCUUAUCUAAAAAUCUAUUAUUAAACCUGUGAGAGUUAUAACAAGUUAUAACCAGAAACAUCACGUCAUUUCAAUGUUUAAAUUCCACUAAAGACAUCAACAUGCAUCAAGCCUGUUAAAUUUAUCCUUGUGCCUUUUAAAUGUUGUGAAAUGUGUAUUUCUGCUGUGUUUUGUAGUGUCUAACCAGUGUAAACCACAGUGUGUCACAUCAGUCACAAUAUGUGUGUCUGCAGGUUUAACUGCACUUAGGCACUUAGCAGAGACACACGUCAAAUAACUGGUUCAACACUUGGACAGUGAGCUUGUUUUUUUUUUUUUUAAAUCAAUGGAAGACACCAAGUUUAAAAUAACUUGAUUCAGAUUUUACACUGGCACUGAGCAAACCGUCAUAUUAUUUGGCAAAUGGUCAAAUACAACAGAGCGUCUCAUCUUGAAAUAUCCUUUAUUGAUGCUUAAAAAUCUUAUUUAAUGAAUAAACUGACAUGGCACUACACACAAAACGAUGAUGUCUGGACGAACGUAGUGACAACUGAAGGAAACAGACAGUUUUGGACGAACAAAAGACAGCGUUACAGCCUGUAGUCCUAAAAAGAAAAGUAAAACUGACAUAAAUAUUUGUGGUUAUUUUCAGCUUUAGAGAAAAUAAAACAGGCUGACUUACAAAAUGAAAUUUCAGAAAAUGAUAAUCACAUCUUCAUAUGAGCGGGUUCAUCUUUGGGCUGAAGUCCAAACAUAAAC